GGCCCAGAUCUCCCCGCUCCCCGCAUCCCCAGAGCCCCCCCUCCAGGACCGCGCCGCCUCCCCCGGGCACCAUCGGCGCCUUCCGUCGCUCCAGCUUUCAGGGCUGGUUGGCGGGUGCCACGGUGUUGAGCGACUGCCCUGCGAAAGGAGGGAGAAUAGGCUGGAACCACCCACCACACGCCUGCCGCAAGAUGCUGCUCCUGCUGCUGAGCGUGGUGCUAAUUCCAGAUCCUGGCUCUGGGGCGCUGGGACUCAACAGCACGACAGGCUGUGAAAUCAUCCACCCGCCCCGGGACGGGGGGAUCCGAUACCGGGGCCUCACCCCGGACCAGGUGCAGACAGUGCGCUUCCUGCCCUUCGACUAUGAGAUCGAGUAUGUGUGCCGGCCUGACCGCGAGAUCGUGGGGCCCAAGGUGCGCAAGUGUCUGCCCAACGGGACCUGGACUGAGAUGGGCCAUGCCAGCCGCUGCCUGCGGACUUGUCCCAAGAUACACCUGAGCUUGGAGAACGGGCAGGCGGUGCCACGCAGCAUGGAGCGGGUUCCUGUGGAGGGCACCUGGGUGGAAUAUCACUGCAAUCCUGGCUUCCGCCUUGUGGGUAGCGCCCGCAGCAACUGCACCAAGGUGGGGCGCUGGAGCUUCCCCAAACCUAUCUGCGAACUGCGACGCCCGAUCUCCACAGGCAGGCGGGCGGUGCACAUCGGGGCGCUCUUCCCCAUGAGCGGCGGCUGGCCGGGGGGCCAGGCCUGUCUGCCCGCCGUGCGCAUGGCGCUGGAGGACGUGAACAGACGCCGGGACAUCCUGCCGGACCACGAGUUGCGCCUCAUCCACCACGACAGCAAGUGCGACCCAGGCCAAGCCACCAAAUACCUGUAUGAACUGCUCUACAAUGACCCCAUCAAGAUCAUCCUUAUGCCCGGCUGCAGCAGCGUCUCCACCUUGGUGGCUGAGGCCGCCCGCAUGUGGAACCUCAUUGUGCUGUCAUACGGCUCCAGCUCCCCAGCACUCUCCAAUCGCCAGCGAUUCCCCACCUUCUUCCGCACCCACCCCUCAGCCACUCUGCACAACCCCACACGCGUCCAGCUCUUCAAGAAGUGGGGCUGGACCAAGAUCGCCACCAUCCAGCAGACCACGGAGGUCUUCACCUCGACCCUGGAUGACCUGGACCAGCGGGUGAAGGAGGCUGGCAUCGAGAUCACCUUCCGCCAGAGCUUCUUCUCUGACCCCGCUGCGCCUGUCCGCAGCCUCAAGCGCCAGGAUGCCCGCAUCAUCGUGGGGCUCUUCUACGAGACCGAAGCGCGCAAGGUCUUCUGUGAGGUGUACAAGGAGAAGCUAUAUGGGAAGCGGUACGUCUGGUUCUUGAUCGGCUGGUACGCCGACAACUGGUUUCGCAUCAAGGACCCUGCCAUCAACUGCACGGAGGCAGAGAUGGCGGAGGCAGUGGAGGGGCAUGUCACUACCGAGAUCGUCAUGCUGAACCCCGAGAACACCCGCAGCAUCUCCAACAUGACCUCCCAGGAGUUCAUUGAGAAGCUGCAGAAGCGGCUGGGCAAGAACCCGGAGGAGACGGGAGGUUUCCAGGAGGCGCCGCUGGCCUACGACGCCAUCUGGGCCCUGGCCCUGGCGCUCAACAAGACCUCGGCCGAGCUGGUGAAGAAGGGGCUGCGACUGGAGGACUUUAACUACAACAACAAGAAUAUCACAGAUGAGAUCUACCGCGCCCUCAACUCCUCUGCCUUUGAGGGCGUGUCGGGUCACGUGGUAUUCGACGCCAGUGGCUCCCGCAUGGCCUGGACCCUCAUCGAACAGCUUCAGGGUGGAGUCUACAAGAAGAUCGGCUACUAUGACAGCACUAAGGACAACCUCUCCUGGUACAACAAUGACAAGUGGAUUGGGGAUGCCCCCCCAGCUGACUAUACCAAGGUGAUCACCACCUUCCGUUUCCUGUCGCAGAAGCUCUUCAUCUCAGUGUCGGUGCUCGCAAGCCUGGGCAUCCUGCUGGCCAUCGUCUGCCUGGCCUUUAACAUCUACAACGGGCACGUCCGGUACAUCCAGAACUCCCAGCCCUAUCUCAACAACAUGACGGCCGUGGGCUGCACGCUGGCGCUGGCCGCUGUCUUCCCCCUGGGGCUGGAUGGCUACCACAUUGGGUCUGGGCUCUUCCCCUUCGUCUGCCAGGCCCGGCUCUGGCUGCUGGGGCUGGGGUUCAGCCUGGCCUAUGGCAGCAUGUUCACUAAGAUCUGGUGGGUGCACACCGUCUUCACCAAGAAAGAGGAGAAGAAGGAGAGACGCAAGACCCUGGAGCCCUGGAAGCUGUACGCCACCGUGGGGCUGCUGGUGGGACUGGACGUGGUCGUGCUGGCUGUCUGGCAAAUCAUUGACCCACUGCAUCGCACCAUCGAGGAAUUCACCAAAGAGGAACCGAAAACCGACAUUGACGUCUCGAUCCUGCCCCAGCUGGAGCACUGCAGCUCCACCAAGAUGAACACCUGGCUGGGGAUAUUCUAUGGGUUCAAGGGGCUGCUGCUGCUGCUGGGCAUCUUCCUGGCCUACGAGACCAAGAGCGUCUCCACUGAAAAAAUAAAUGACCACCGAGCUGUGGGCAUGGCCAUCUACAACGUGGCGGUGCUGUGUCUGAUCACCGCCCCCGUCACCAUGAUCCUGAACAGCCAGCAGGACGCAGCCUUUGCCUUCACCUCACUGGCCAUCGUCUUCUCCUCCUACAUCACCCUGGUGGUGCUCUUCGUGCCCAAGAUGCGGCGUCUGAUCACCAGGGGCGAGUGGCAGUCAGAGCAGCAGGAUACCAUGAAAACGGGCUCAUCCACCAACAACAAUGAGGAGGAGAAAUCCCGGCUGCUGGAGAAGGAGAACAGGGAGCUGGAGAAGAUCAUUGCAGAGAAGGAGGAGCGCGUCUCUGAGCUCCGCCAGCAGCUCCAGGACCGGCAGCAGCUGCGCUCCCGGCGCCGCCCCUCCAACCCCUCCUCGCGGGAUGGCUGUGCCACCGACAACCACUUCACCAAUGCGGCUGGGCCCGUGCCCACCCUCUACCAACCCAGCCUGCCUCUGGUGCGCUGCCUUGUCUCUGAGCAGACCGACAAGCUGGGCCGCAGCAACUGUGAUGGCAGCCGCGUCCACCUGCUCUACAAAUGACUUCUGAGGUGGCAGGGCCUGAGAAGGGGGCGGGACCCAGGAAGGGGUGGAGCUAAAUAAUGUCUCUUUCCCCCUCCCUCUCCCCUCCCAUCACAUCUCUUAGCUUGUAAAAUCUCUCUGUAUCAGUCCAUCUUCCCUUCCCCCAUACAAGAUCUGGGUGCCAAGUGAUGUCCAGGUGCAGAGUAAAAUGUGCACCUCGCCUGAUGUAUCCUGAGUGGCUCUAGCUGGGGCAGUGUCAGGUGGGAGGGGGCAGCUGCUUAUAACCAAGGCGAUGUGGGGAGGGCAGGGUGAAUCGAGAAGGGAAAGUUACCCCUUGAGCACACCAGCAAGGUGUGCAGUCUCACUGUAGCACAGAGUCAGACCUGCUGGCCCCCAACGUACAGUCAUGCACAGCCGGAUCUAGUUACUGGGACAUACAGUCAAGGUGUAGUGCACAACCGGAUUUAGUUAUUCAUAUGUACAGUAUUAUUGUAGCCUAGAACCAGGUUUGGUUAUAUGUAAGUACAAUCAGACUGUAACUCACAGCCAGAUCUGGUGAUUUGUAUGUACGAUCAAACUGUAGUGCACAGGUGAGUCUGAUUACUGUAAUGUACUGUCAGACUGUAGUGUAAAACCAGGUCUGAUUUACCUGUAAGUACAGUCAAACUGUAGUGCACAUGUGGGUCUGGUACAGUUGGAUUGGAGUGCCAAACCAGACCUGGUUACAUGUAUGUUUAAACUAGUGAACAGCUGGCUCUGGUUCCAUGUGAGUGCAGUUUGACUGUAGCACACAACCAGAUCUGGUUACUUGUAUGUACAAUCAGACUGUAGCACACAACUGGGUCUGGUUACUUGUCUGUACUAUCAAAAUGUAAUGCACAGACGAGUCUGGUUACUGUAAUGUACUGUCAGACUGUAGUGUACAACCAGAUCUGGUUUCUCAGUUGCACUUUAGUGAACAACUGGAUCUGGUUAAUAUUGUG